UAGCAGCUCUGGCAACAGACUUCCAGCAGGUGGGCAAAAGAGAGUCCUGGAACCAUCCCCUCUGUCUGGCAGGAAGACUUAUGACAGGGGACAAGCCCUGGCUGACAAGGCUAAAGCCAAAGAGAUCACACAAGGUGUCAUCAACCCUGUUCCUGUGUCGAAGAGCAGUCGUGGUGGCUCACUGCAGUGUAUUCAUAUAGCCGAGGGUCACAGUAAAGCUGUACUGUGUGUUGACUCCACAGAUGACCUCCUCUUCACCGGGUCAAAAGACCGGACUUGUAAGGUGUGGAACCUGGUCACGGGACAGGAGAUCAUGUCUCUAGGCGGCCACCCCAACAAUGUGGUAUCUGUGCGUUACAGCUCCAGCUUGGUAUUCACAGUCUCCACCUCCUACAUCAAAGUCUGGGACAUCCGUGACUCCGCAAAGUGCAUCCGGACACUCACAUCGUCGGGUCUGGUGAACACUGGUGACACAUGUGCAGCCAGUACGAACCGCACCGUGACCAUCCCGGCCGGCGAGAACCAGAUCAACCAGAUCUUUCUGAACCCAUCUGGAACUGUUCUCUAUGCUGCCGCAGGCAACUCUGUUCGUGUGUGGGACCUGAGACGAUUUGUGUGUACGGGGAAACUGAUGGGUCAUCUGGGUCCGGUCAUGUGCUUGACUGUUGAUCAGACUGGGAAUGGACAGGAUCUAGUUAUCACGGGCUCCAAGGAUCACUACAUCAAGCUGUUUGAUGUGACAGAGGGUGCUGUGGGUAGUAUCAGCCCCACUCAUAACUUCGAGCCGCCCCACUACGAUGGCAUCGAGUCCCUGGUGGUUCAGGGAGAUUGUCUGUUUAGUGGCUCCAGAGACAACGGCAUUAAGAAAUGGGACCUGACCCGCAAGGACCUACAGCAGCAGGUACCCAAUGCUCAUCGUGACUGGGUUUGUGCUCUGGGCGUCGUGCCGGCGUCUCCCAUGCUUUUGAGCGGCUGUAGAGGAGGAGUUCUCAAACUCUGGCACACGGACACGCUGAGUCCGCUGGGAGAACUCAGAGGCCACGAGAGCCCCAUCAACAGCAUCUCUACCAACAGCAGCCAUCUGUUUACUGCAUCAGAUGACCGCACGGUGAAGAUCUGGCGUGCCAGAGGAAGUCUGGAUGGCGCUGCAGAUGUGGCCGAUGCGAUCGACGAGGCCGUCAGUAACUGAAGACUCCUUCAAUGCCAACUCAACUGCAGUGUUACCAUGGUACCGCAGCUGCCAAAGACAUUUGCACUUUGACCUCACUAAUAAAAUCCAGUUGACAUCCACCACACACAUCCCAACAGAAUCUACUCAAAUCGGAAUCUUCUCACUAUGGUUCCUUUGGACGUUUCCCAGAGUUCAUUGCGUCUUUAGUGAUGCCCCACAAUUAGGCAAAGUCAACGUCACAUGCUAAAUAAAGCUCUUUGUCCUUACAAUAACCAUGUCAGCUGGGUUGAUUCUAGCAAUCAAGAAGAUGGCGGUGGAAACAGUCAUGUUGACGUAGAGUUCUGUAGGACGUUUGAGGAAGAGGAACCGGAUCUCCUGUAGCUGGCUUCAGUUUUCUGGUUCAUGGGGCAUUAUGGAGCACUAGCGAGUCUAACUGGGUCAAUCUCACUAUAACAUAUCCAGGUCAUAGCCUUCAUGCAAAAUUACUUUUGUAAUAUUUUGAGGUGAACUAUUUAAAAUUACAAUGAUUAAAAAUACAUUUUAUAAGGUUUUUUUUUUUUGCAUUAUGCCAAUUAUACGUAUUUCCCCCCACAAUUCUUAUUACUAUAAUAGAAAAGAAAAUCUAAUUGUCAUUACUUUGUGCAUAUCUAUCUAUCUAUCUAUCUAUCUAUCUAUCGUCUGUCUGUCUAUAAAAUUAAAUGGCAACACAUACCAAAUUAACAUUUUAACCAAAUUUAACUAAGUAUUUCUGUAUUCCAUGGAGGAGAGAGUGAGUGAAUGAAUUCCGAGAGAAAAAAAAAGAAAAAAGGGAAAUUAUGGCAAAAUUAUCCUAUAUUAUUACUC